UAGCUGGCAACAUGACAAUCUCACAUUUCUCAUUCCCUUUUCAAGUCAGAGAAACUAUCAAACUGACCUCCUCUGCUUCUUCUGCUUCUUUUUCUUGUUGUUGUUCUUCUUCUGAAUCUACCGGUUCACAAAUCCCAAGAAAAAAACAUGGGACACAGAAGAUCAACCUCCUCUUUCUCUUGUCUUCUUCUUCUUGUUGUCAUUGCUCUCUGCUUCUCAAGAUCUGCUAAAGCUUACAAGAAUUACACAGUGGGUGACUCUCUGGGUUGGUUCGACAAUCUUGAGAAGCCCUCUGUUAAUUACCAGAAAUGGGUCUCUGGCAAACAGUUCAGCUUAGGGGAUUUCCUCAUUUUCAACACAGACAACAACCACUCUGUUAUCCAAACAUACAACUUCACAACGUACAAACUAUGUGACUACGACGAUGCACAAGACAACGACACCACCCAGUGGUCAGCCUCCGACCCGUCAGCGACGGAGCCGCAUCCGGUGACGGUGGCAGUGCCGCUGGUGAAGGAAGGGAUGACGUACUUCUUCUCAAGCGACUACGACGGCGAGCAGUGCAAGAACGGACAACAAUUCAAGAUCAACGUGAGUUAUGGUCAAGGAUUGCCCAAGAGUCUCAGAGAUUAUUAUUCUUCUCCUCCUUCAUCUCAGGAUUCUUCUUCUCCUUCGCCUGCUAGCCCUAUGUCUGGGGACCAAGAUGUGACACCAGAUACUAUUGUUCCUGCUAACUUCGACCAUCCCCGUGAGGUAGAUGAUGACGAUGAUGCUGAUGAGAGAGCUGAGAAAUCAUCAGCUGCUGGGUCUGUCUUUUCUGGGAAAAUUUAUAACUUUCUGGGAAGUUCUCUUGUUUGUCUGGGAAGUGUUGUUUUGUUGUUUGAUUUGAUGAGCUGAGAGAGAGGUACGUGAGAGCUGCUUAUAUUUGUAUACCUCGUUUUAUUUUUUAGUUAUUGUUGAUCGAUUUGUUUAAUUUGUUUUGUUUCUUUAUUUGAAUGAAUAGGCUUGAGUGGUUGAGUUUUUAA